GGUGGUCCCUCAGAUCUGCAGUUCCAGGUGUCGGAUGACGUUUUUUGAUACAGGGGCGCAGUCGAAUCUUGGACAAAAAAGUUGCCAGCAUGAAAGAUAAAUGCAAAUCAAGCUUUAUUGCACGCUUUUAAGAAAGGGUUUAUGGGUAAAUAAUUUAAAGGAUCAGUACUUUUCUUCAAAACAUUUUCUAUUUCUAUUUUCUAUUCAUCGAAACCCAAAGACAUUCACAUUUAUGCGUCAAACUGGGACAAUCCAAAAAUAGUUGAUGUCAAGCGCUUUCUGAAACCACUCAUAAUAAACAACCACCAACGAAGCGAAGAGCAAACAAAGUUUACAGAGAACCCUUAAUACAGCCGAUAAGACGUUUAACGACUCUCAGUUUUGGAAUAACUUCUUAAAGAGAAGAAUUUCCUUCUCGAAAAUCAAUUAACUCUGCAUUAUACCCACGCUUACUCACACAAUACAAUAUAAUUAUGACUUCACUCGUAGCAAAGUUCAUCAGUAAAAAGUUUCUGGGAGAAUCAGUCUCGAACAAGUUUGGAUCAGAGGACUUGUACUUUGAAACUGUUCCUGCUUCUCGCUUGGAUGGUGUCCCAUCGAAGAAGAAGACACAAAGGAGAAGAAAAGCUAUACCUGCUGGCAUAUCAGAAAAAGAUGCAAAGAUUCUUACCAAAGUCAAGCGCCGAGCUUAUAGACUGGACAUGAGUCUAUUUAAUUGUUGUGGGAUUAGAUUUGGAUGGAGUAGCGUCAUCGGUCUCGUUCCUGCCAUUGGAGAUUUUGUUGACUUGUUCAUGGCGCUUAUGGUACUUCGAACAUGCAGUCAGGUCGAUGGCGGACUUCCGAACGGCGUCAGAUCGAAAAUGAUGUUCAAUAUCGUCCUCGAUUUUGCCGUUGGUCUCAUACCAUUCGCAGGAGAUCUUGUCGAUGCAGUCUUCCGCGCCAAUACCAGAAAUGCGCUCGAGCUUGAAAGACAUUUGCGUGACAAAGGUGCGAAAAUUUUGAAGGCAAGAGGCGAAAGAUUACCUGCCGUUGAUGUUACCGAUCCGCAUGAAUUCGAUCUUUAUGAUCAGGAACUCUCAGAUGAAGAACCUCCACGAUAUACAUCCAGAGCAAACACGGAGACUGUCAGUCCUCGUGAGCCAGGUGGACGUAAUCGUCACAGUUGGUUCGGGUAUGGCAGUAGCGCACCCGCAAAGCGAACAAAACAACCCGAUCCUGAACAAGGACGUCGCGUUGAUAGAUCAGAGCGAACAAGACAACCUGAUCCUGAACACGGACGUCGCGUUGAUAGAUCAGAGCGAACAAGACAACCUGAUCCUGAACACGGACGUCGCGUUGAUAGAUCAGAGCGAACAAGACAACCUGAUGUCGAUCAAAGUCGUCGCGAUAGAACAAACGCGGAAGAGUCUCCACUUCCAGCUCGCCCUAAGAAGGUUAGGAAGAGUGGUAGACGUUAGAGGAAUUAUGAUUGCUAUUGAGGGUUUGAAGGAUGUUCCAGGAAUGUUCCAUAUUUGAAGGGCCCCGGAAAGGUUCUAGGGAUGAUCGAUGUUUUAAUGCCGACACGGUUUCCUUUGUUGGUUCCGUAAUUGAUGACGCCUUGGUUUAUAAUAAGUAACAAGAAAACAGCUUUGGUUUAGGCGCGGGGGCUUUAGAUGUAAUAUAAGAUACCAUACCAUAGAUGCAAAUUAAUGAAAGUGGAAUUCCAUUCCUUCAAUCUGAUAAACACUCUAAUCUCCACAUCGUAUUCCAUUGAAGCCUACUCGAAUCCAGAUGUAGCGAUUUUCUGAAUCAUCAUGACUGAUUUUACUCCACCCAUUAUCAAGACUUUCACCAAUACUUCACGCGUUACCGUGGUUUCCUAUUGAUCUUCAAGGAUUAAGAUCUGAUAAGUUUGCUUGGCAUUGAGUGGAACUCAAUUGAAUGAGCUGAAUGGUUGAUUAAGUGGAAUAAGUGGUUCGUGGAUCA